AUGACAGACCCUGCAGUUGUGGAAUUACCUGAGAAGAGAAAAAGGAAAAAUAAGCUCUGUGAUGAAAGUGACAUCAAUUCAGAGACCUCUUCCUGUGAAGAUGAUAUGAAGCAGUCAGGAAAUGAAGUGAAGCAAUCUGGUCUGAAGUCAAGAAAUGUCCCACUGCCCAAACCUCCUAUAUACCAUGAUACUCUUCAGAGAAGUGGGAAAAAAGAUGAGGAUGAUCCCAAGCCCACAAGCUCUGAUGUCUCAGAAUUUCAUGAUCUUCAACAACAUCACAUGACUUAUAAAGAAAUUACAGUGCAAACCAGGAUACCAGAUGAUGUGCAUUUAAAGAAGUCAAGAAAUGCAAUGAAGCGAGUUGGUCUGAAGACAAAGAAUGUUCAGCUGGCCAAAACUCCCAGAUACCAUGGUGACUGUCUGGAUGAUAACAAUGAAAGCCCUGAUGACAGUUAUUUAAACUCAAGCCAGCCCAACCCAGUAUUCUUAGAUACUCUUCAGGGAAAUGUGGCAAUGCAUGAGGAUGAUCAUCCCAAAAGCUCUGCUUCUUCAGGGAAGGAACCAAAGGAAACAAAAUGCAAAGUCACCAUGGAGAAAUUGUUUGAUCUGAAUACUAAGAUACUUCAACAAAUUCAAAUGCUGGAACAGAGACAAGCUGUCAUCAUGAAUGACUUGGCCAAAGUUAAGUCUGUUCUCAUGAAGCGGGCAGAAGAAGAUGCCCAUGAGGAACUUUUUAAACAACAACAGUGCUCCAGCUUUGAAAUGUUUGAAGCCUUCUGUCAGAGGCUUGAAGAAGACAAAAAUUAUCGAGAGCUUUAUGUACACUAUCUCAUCCAUACUCAUGGCAGCUCCAAUAUAGGUGAGAUGGUGAGACAGGCUUUAAAAAGCAUAGCGUCAGACAAUGUUCUCUGUCUGUAUAACAGAACGGGGAAAGAUGGGAAGAAGGUGUUGCCACCUGUGCUCCUGACAUGUUUGAAAAAAUGUGUCAGGUCUUUUCACAAACAAAAUGAAAUAGAGGUGAAGAAGCUAAAAGUUACCACCAGAACAACACCAGACGCGGAAUGUAUUCGCCAAGUAGAAAUUUUUGUGUCCAACGCCAACACCAGGCUGAAAAGGAAACCAAAUAAAGGAAAAAUCUGACUUUUUGUUUGAUUGUUUUGAUUGAUGGAAAUAAAGAAUGUGGGUGUAAAAGUUU